AGAUAGAGGUAUUCCCCAUUGACAAAGUUGUCCAGUCUUGUCUGACCGUAGCGGGCGAUGCUCAUCUCCGAAAAGCCAGCGUUGUCAGAGACUACUCUGUGAUCAUGUGGCCAGCAUGAUUGUACAGAAUGCUGUUUGCCUUCCUCCCAAAGUGGUCUCUAUUCAUCUACUUGCAUUUGCUUGCUUUUGAACUGCUAGGUUGUCAGAUAUUGGGACUAGUGAUCGGAUCUCAUCCCAACAUAAACUGCCAACGCCAGUCUUUACCACUUGAACAGCCUGUUAUGAAUUACUUGUUUUGUUUUGUCUUUGUAUGGGGGGAAAAGGCUGAUGCUGUGAAAAGAUUGUGUAUCUUAUUAAGAGGUUCUUAACAGCAAGUCAUGGCAAACUCUUUUCAGGUUUCUUUUCCCACUCUUCAUUCUCCAGCAGUCCCCAGCCUACAAAAAAGCAAGGGCAGCUUUUCCUGCUAGGCCACCCUGCUUUACCAGGAAAGUCAUCCUUCUGCACAGUCCCCAUGAGGACUGGAGAGACCCUCUGGGCUGGAGAGCAGAGGUGGUGGAGGGGGGCUUCCUUUAUUCUGCCCCUCACAUCAUAACCUCUGCAUCCAAGCUCCCUCCUUCCAUCAGACACUCCAACCCUCCAGAAAUGUUUCUUGCUUCUCUUCCCCACUUAACAAGCCAGUUGGGACUGUCUCUCUCUUUCUGCUGUAUCGUCAUUCAUUCUUGCCCCCUGACCUUUUUCUCCUGCCUUAUCUUCUCUUUCUGGAAAUGGGGACAGAGCACAUGGCUUCUAUCCUCCCCCCACUCUCCAAUGCUGACAUUUCCUCUUGGAAACUGUGCUUGCUGUGUAUUUAAUUCUUGGCAGACAAAGAGGGGCUGAAGGCAGCCAUUUCUCUCUUCUCUCUUUCUCUUUAUUCUGCCAACCUUAAAUCUGAAUCCCUGGCAGCCCUUGAAAGAGGAUUCCAGGUAAAACUAUGUUGACUAGAUGAAUAAAUAGCCACUUGGUGCCCAGCUCCUUCCCAGGGGAGUCUUGAAAGACAGUCAUGGCUCUUGGAAGGAGACCUAUGGAUCUUUUGCAGUAAAUGAAAACCAGCCCUAGUGUUUUUCCCACCCUCCUUGCCCCAGGCUGCCUCCAAAACCUGGAGGAAGGGCUCUGCCUCUGUUUCUUCUCUAGUGGGUAUCCUGUGUCUCUCCAGAUGUUGAUGAACUCCUCCUCCCAUCAUCCCCUUAGACAACAUAACUAAUAAGUGAGGUGUGCUGGGAGUUGUAGUCUGCCAACACCUGGUGGGCUGCAGCAUUCCCACCGUUACGUUAGGGCUAAACUGGAUAAUCCCAGCUAGAGAGGUGUUUUGGAGGGGUGUUUCUGAUGAAUAAGAAAGGAACUGUACAGAAAGUCUUUUUGUUGUUGCUCUGUGCUGUUAGAUUGGAUUCAGCCAAGAGUAAUUCUGUGAAUGAGAUACCUGCAAGAGACCUUGUUAUGAAUAGGUUCGAACAGGUCUUGCAGACUGACAUUUUGACUUCAUUCAGUGCAGUGUAUUCUUCCCCUUUCUUUGCUGCCUUCUGCUUUAUCGAUCAUCUGACCAUGAGUCAUGUCAUUUCAUGAUGUGUCUGAAGUAUGAGAGCCUUGGUUUAGUUAUUUUGUAUUCUAGGGAAAGUUCAAGCUUUGUUGUCUUUCUGGUGGUCCAUGGAACAUGACAUAAAUGUGUGUACAUGUGAAACAGCUUCCUUUGUACUUUCUGCAGGUGGUCAGAGGUCCAGAAUUGAUCUUCCUGGUCUCCAAACAGAGAGAAAGGAGAGUCUCCACUGAAUUCCUUCUCCAUGGAAGAAAGUGUACGAAAGAUGUCUUUGGAACAGGUUAACCUUCAUCUCCUCCGCCUUUGCAGUUGAGCCAUUGGGAGGGUUCUCCAAAAGAGGGUCCCAAAUGUUUGAUAACAAGGGCAGAGGGAUUCCCUCUCCCUGAUUGUUGUUCAACUCUGCCUCCCAUGAAUUGAAUCCUUGGUGACCUUUGAGGAUGUGGCUGUUUAUUUCACAGAGGAGGAAUGGAACCUAUUGGAUAUGAACCAAAAAUCUUUGUACGAGGAGGAGACCUUCCGAUUUAUCAGAGAAUUCAUACAGGAGAAAAAACAUACAAAUGCCAAUACUGUGAAAAAUGUUUUGCUCACAAGUCACGCCUUGAGAGUCACUUGCGAGUCCACACAGGAGAGAAACCAUUCAAAUGCCAGCAGUGUGGAAAAUAUUUUGCUCACAAGUCAAACCUCCGAUCUCAUCAGAGAAGCCACACAGGAGAGAAACCAUACCAAUGCCAGCAGUGUGGAAAAUGUUUUGCUUACAAGUCAGACCUUGUUACUCAUCACAGAGUCCACACAGGAGAGAAACCAUACAAAUGCCAGCAGUGUGGGAAAUGUUUUGGUCAAAACUCACACCUUUUGAGGCAUCAGAAAAAACAAACAGGUGAGAAACCAUACAAAUGCCAGCAGUGUGGGAAAUAUUUUGCUCUCAAGUCACACCUCAAGAGACACCAGAAUGUCCACACAGGAGAGAAGUCAUACAAAUGCCAGCAGUGUGGGAGAUGUUUUGCUUGUAAGUCAGACCUUGAGAGACACCAGAGAGUCCAUACAGGAGAGAAACCUUACAAAUGCCAACAGUGUGGAAAAUGUUUUGCUGAGAAUUCAACCCUUUUGAGACAUCAGAGGGUGCACACAGGGGAGAAACCAUACAAAUGCCAGCAGUGUGGGAAAUAUUUUGCUCACAAUUCAGACCUCGUAAUUCACCAGAGAGUUCAUACAGGAGAGAAGCCAUACAAAUGCCAGCAGUGUGGAAAAUGUUUUUCUCAGAGGUCGCACAUUGAGAGACACCAGAGAGUCCACACAGGAGAGAAACCUUAUAAAUGCCAGCAGUGUGAAAAAUGUUUUGCUGAGAGAUCCGUCCUUUUGAGACAUCAGAGAAUGCACACAGGAGAGAAAGCAUUCAAGUGCCAGCAGUGUGGGAAACAUUUUGCACAGGACUCAAACCUUUUUGAGGCAUCAGAAUGUCCACACUGUAAUGCAAAUAGAAAUAUGACAUACAUUUUGUUUGUAGACACAGUAUAUCUAGAUUCUGUCUUGUAAAAUAUUAGAAUUCCCUUUAAUGCAUGUAAUUGUAAAAUAUCUUGCACUCAUAUGUUGAUUCGAUAAACCUUUGAAUUAUUUGGAA